AUGGAGAACCUUUUGGCGCAUUCAUUCGAUUAUCUUUCCUCGUACGAGCCCAGCAAGAUCCGCAAAGGAUUGCGCCAGGUCGAGGGACUGCUGGCGCAAAUUUGCCUAUCCAAUUCCAAAUCCACGUCCGACCGUCGGCGUUCCUACCUGGCCACCGAGACGCAGCCUGCGCCCAAGGUCCUGUCCGAAUUGCGAGAUGACCCGGCCUUCAGGGAAUUUUUCAAGUUACAGGAAGGCUUCCAGUGGAAUGUCGCCAUGCGCCUAGUUUCCUGUCUCGAGCACCUUCUCGGCCGUGGCAGCAACGGCACCAACGACAUGCUCAUUGUCUGUACCCUUGAUCUGAUACAAGGCGCACUGCUCCUGCACCCGCCCUCGCGCACCCUCUUCGCCCGCGAGAUCUACAUGAACCUUCUCCUCGAUCUGCUGGACCCGAUCAACUGCCCGGCCAUCCAAUCCGCCACCUUGCUCACCCUGGUCACAGUACUGCUCGACUGUCCAGCCAACACACGCACCUUUGAAGGCCUGGACGGCCUGCUCACAGUGACAUCCCUGUUCAAGCAGCGCGCCACCUCCCGCGAGGUCAAGCUCAAGCUGGUAGAGUUCUUGUACUUCUAUCUCAUGCCUGAAACACCGAUUCUGGGGCCGGGCGCUAGCCCGCCGGGUCUGCAGCGCAGCCCCAGCAAGAUCUCUUCCCGGCCUAGGUCGCAAAGCUUACAUACCUCCGCCGGUGCCGGGAAGGUGAGUCGUGAUACGCGAACCACCGAUGAGAAGCAGGCUCUUUUGGGCCGCUAUUUGAACAAUGUGGAGGACCUUGUCGAAGACCUCAAGGAGACUGCUCCCUUUGGAGCGACGGUGUACUAA